AUGGAGCGGGGACUUUGGGGUCUCUUCGACGGAACGGAGAAAAAGCCGGUCAACGAGGACGAGAUCGCGGCAUGGAAGAAGAAGGACCAAAAGACGUUUGCAACGUUGAUUUCUCGCAUCGGCAUCAACCUCGUGAGUUCGGUGCGCACGUGCAUCAAGCUCGAAGCGUCGGCGCGUGAAGCAUGGAAGCGGCUCGAGACGAUGCACGUGAACAAGACUCUCCACGGCAAGAUCCUAGCCCAAAAUGCGUUCUACACGGUGAAGUUACGCGCGGGCGAAUCGAUGCACGAGUAUGCGACUCGUGUGGAGGAACUCGGGGAAACGCUCAUAGAUCUCGGUGGAUCGUGUCGGAAGCGGUCGAGCGAUUGGACUCCAUCGAAGGUGCGGGACGAAGAGGGAAACGUUCACACGGCAUCCGGCGAGGCCGAUGAUUCAAAGGAGUCGCUCAUGUUAGUGGCCGGCAACGGGAACAAAACUCCAAGCGACGCGUGGUUCCUCGAUACCGGCGCAAUGCAACACAUGACGCACUCGGCGUCGCUCCUCAACAACAUUGGCGCUCCGGGAGACGUUACGAGCAUCGUGUUCGGAAACAACGAAUUGCUACCAGUGGUCGGAGUUGGCAGUACGCGCCUUAUCGUCGACAGCGGUCCGGUGGACGUGACGAACGUGUUUCACGUCCCGGGGGUGAAGGUGAACCUUCUAUCCGUCCCGCAACUUGCGAAGAAGGACGUGAUCACCAUCAUCGACGUUGCGACAAUGAACCUCUUUUGGAAGGGGGAGCAAUUCGCGCAAGGUGUUCUCAACGGAGAUAUCUACCAUCUCAAGACGUACCCGAGAGCGGCUUCAUCCAACGUGGCGCAAGGCUCCAAGGCGACUCUUAAGGCGUGGCAUAAUCGGCUUGCGCACGCCAACUACGAGUCGGUCAAGGAGUUGGCCAACAAAGGACUUGCGAAGGGAGUCGACGUGGUCGCCGGCGACGACGAGAAUGGCGUGUGCGCGGCGUGUGUCGAAGGAAAAAUGGCUCGCAAGCCAUUUGGUAGCCGUACCUCACCCCUCGCUAAGGACCCGCUUGCGCUUGUUCACAUGGACGUGUGUGGACCGAUGCGGCAUGCAUCAAAAGGAGGAGCGCGGUUCCUCUUGGUGAUGCUCGACGACGCGACGCGGAUGUGUUGGACCCGGCUCUUGAAGGCUGAAGGAGAUGCGGCCAAGGCGAUUCAAGAGUGGGCGCUCGAUGUUUGCGACGACAACAAGAAGCUGAUCAAGUUGCAACCGAAAGCUCGUGCGGCGAUCUACUUGGGAAUUGCGGCGAACGAGCGUGCAUGGCGAGUGUGGGAUUUAGAUGAAAAGCGUGUUGUCCCGUCUCGGGACGUGGUCAUCGAUGAAGACAAGUUCCCAUCAAAGGAAGAACCCACUCAACAACUCACCUUCAUCCUUCCGCCACGAGAGGAGGUUGAAGAGAGUGAGGUUCCAUCUCAAGUGGAGAAGGAAGCCGAAGAAGGGGGGGGAGGGAACAACGAGGAGAGCGUUGAUGAUGUCGAGGAGGUGUCACCAACCGAGACGGCAACUACCUCCACACCUUCCUCCCUACCAUUGGCCUUGACUCGCGAGCGUCGUGAGGUUCGUCCUCCCUCCAAGUACGCCGACUAUGCUACGGUAGCCGUUGGGGAGACGGAUAAGGAGGGCGUGGCAUAUUGCUUCGCGACCGGUGAUAAUGAACACGCGGAUUCCCUCACGGAACCACUCACUAAAGGUUCACCCCGUGCAUGCUAUGAGCAUGUUGGCUUGCGAACCUAG